AUGCGUGCCAGAUCCGUUCUCUUCAACUUGCCCUUGGUGGUGUCUGCAACACCACUAAACGCCCCUUUUACACAUAACUCGCGUUCGACAAAUGUCAGCUCCAUUCAGUGGAAGUCUUGUACCAUUCCCAUCGCGACUUCGGUUCCCGUCGAGUGCGGCAGCCUGAAUGUACCCCUGGACUACACCGAAAAGAACUCCAGCGAGACCCUGAGACUAGAUCUCGUUCGCAUCCCAGCCCUGCAAGUCGAAAAGAAGGGCAGCAUUCUGUUCAACUUUGGCGGUCCCGGCGCGGACGGUGCUGUAGACCUUGGCUACUAUUCCGAGCCUCUCCUAGCGUCUACUGGAGGAUAUUACGAUCUUAUCAACGUUGUUCCCCGGGGAACAGGCUAUACACUCCCAUUCUCAUGCUAUGACGAUGCAGCUACAAGGUCUGCCUUUGUCCAACCCCUUAUUAACGGCGAUUCUUCCGAUACAGCUCUCGGCAAUGCGUGGGCUCGCUCUACAAUCUACGAUCAGAACUGCGCAGCUCACCAGAACAAGACUGGCUCCUUGAUUGGAACUGCUUUUGUUGUGCGUGAUCUUUUCCAGGUUGUCGAUGCCUUGGACGAGGAUGGAUUGCUGCGUUAUUGGGGAGUAUCUUAUGGCACCAUUCUAGGUGCCACAGCAGUUGCCAUGUUCCCCGACAGAGUGGACAAGGUUAUCAUUGAUGGUGUUGUUAAUCCCCAUGAGUAUUACAACAACAAAGAAGUCGAGCUGUUCACAAACUCCGAUGAUGUGUUCACGGGCUUCUGCCAAGCAUGCAUUCAGAACCCUGACAACUGUCCCCUUGCCCAGAACCACACCGCAGCAGAGCUCGAGACGAGCCUCCGCAAACUUCUUAGCAACCUGAAGUACCAUCCCAUCCCCUUUGUUACGCCUCUCAUCCCAGGCGGAGGCUUCGUGCUUGAUUACUCGACCGUCGUCAGCUAUAUCCACCGGCAGUUAUACUUCCCCUACGCCUGGCCUUCUUUAGCCAUCUUGCUGCACGACCUUGCCACAGGGGACCUCGCAAGCCUCGUCGCCCGUAUCCUCUCCGAGUCCGCCACUUCUUCCAACACUACCUCAGAUUGGAACCCUCCCAGCUUUGACGAGGCCCUCUAUGGUAUCAAGUGUAGCGAUAUUUUGGUAGAUAGCACCUAUGACGAGACAGCCGCCGUCCAGAUAGCUCGCUACGAGAAGGGAAUAUUCGGCGGCGUCGCGGCCGAGAUGCCUGCGCGAUGCGCCCAGUGGCCGAUGCGAGCCAAGGAGCGAUACUCGGGCGACUUCAAGGUCAAGCCCAGGAACCCCGUCCUCGUCAUCGGCAACACCUUCGACCCUGUGACUCCCCUUGUCUCUGCGCGUAACGUCAGUGCUGGGUUUGAGGGCAGUGUUGUUCUCCAGCAGGACGGCUACGGCCACGCCUCGCUGACACAGGCUUCCCUCUGUACGGCUAAGGCGGUCAGGUCGUACUUUAUCAAUGGCACGCUUCCUGCCGCCGGCACUGUCUGUUCUGUCGACAUCCCCGUCUUUAGUGGCAGCGAUGGAUGGGCUGAUGUUAUCAAGCAAUUGGCUGAGGAGUCGUCUUGA